CCCUGGCAUCCUCACUCCUAAUUAUCAAAAGAAAAAAAAAAACCCAGCAGUCAUGGCGAUUGCGCAGAGAAGGUUGCAGAUCAUGAACCCUAAUUUUCUCUCUCUAGCCAUUGCUCUCUCUCUCCUCCUUGUGAUAUCAUCUGCCAAAGUGUUCUUCGAGGAGCGUUUUGAUGAUGGAUGGGAGAGUCGGUGGGUGAAAUCGGACUGGAAGAAAGACGAGAAAAUGGCUGGAGAGUGGAAUUACACCUCUGGCAAAUGGAAUGGAGACUCUAACGACAAAGGUAUCCAGACUAGUGAAGACUACAGGUUCUAUGCCAUCUCAGCUGAAUUCCCUGAAUUGAGCAACAAAGAGAAGACCUUAGUUUUCCAGUUCUCCGUCAAGCAUGAGCAGAAGCUUGACUGCGGUGGUGGUUACAUGAAGUUACUCAGUGGUGACGUUGACCAGAAAAAGUUUGGCGGUGACACACCAUACAGUAUCAUGUUUGGACCAGAUAUCUGUGGCUACACCACGAAAAAGGUCCAUGCUAUUCUUACCCACAAUGAGGUAAACCACUUGAUCAAGAAGGAAGUUCCAUGCGAGACCGACCAAUUGAGUCAUGUCUAUACUUUCAUCCUACGCCCCGAUGCUACUUACAGCAUUCUUAUUGACAACGAGGAGAAGCAAACUGGCAGCUUGUACUCUGACUGGGAUAUUCUCCCUCCUAAGCAGAUCAAAGACCCUGAGGCCAAAAAGCCUGAAGAUUGGGAUGAUAAGGAAUUCAUUGCUGAUCCCGAGGACAAGAAGCCAGCGGGUUAUGAUGACAUCCCUAAGGAGAUUCCUGAUGUUGAUGCCAAAAAGCCUGAGGAUUGGGAUGAUGAGGAGGAUGGUGAGUGGACUGCUCCUACUAUUCCCAACCCUGAGUACAAGGGUCCGUGGAAGGCAAAGAAAAUUAAAAACCCCAACUUCAAGGGCAAGUGGACGGCACCAAUGAUUGAUAACCCAGACUUCAAGGAUGACCCCGAUAUCUAUGUUUUCCCAAAGUUGAAGUACGUAGGAAUUGAAUUAUGGCAGGUCAAAUCUGGAACCUUGUUUGACAAUGUCUUGAUAGCUGACGACCCUGAUUAUGCUAAGAAGCUAGCUGAAGAAACAUGGGGCAAACAAAAGGAUGCCGAGAAAGCUGCAUUCGACGAGGCAGAAAAGAAGAGAGAAGAGGAGGAAACAAAGGAUGAACCAGUUGAUUCUGACGCUGAGGAUGAAAAAGACGAGUCUGAUGACGCUGCAGAAGGUGAUGCAUCUGACGAUGAUGUUGCAGAAGACCCUGCCGCCUCAGUCGAUGAAGAUGCACAUGACGAACUAUAGGCCCGUUUGAGCAUUUCAAUAUCUCUUUCCUGACAACGUGCCCUCAAGAAUGAGUAGCCAGCCUGGGGGGCAGUUUUGCUAAAAGAAAAGUUCUGUUUUCAUUUUAUAUUUUAGCUUUAGUAGGUCUUCUCUUUUUCAGGGAAUAGAAACAGUUGAAAGCUGCAUGAUGUUAUUUUUGGCUGAUCGAUUGAUUGCUUUCAUUUUCAUGUGACUUUAUUUGUGACAUUGACUGCAGAACUAAAAUAGAAACAUGUUCUCUUGUUUUUCAAUAAUAAGGACUCAACGAAAACAAUAUCUCAU